AUGUCUCCUAUCUCAACUGCCAUCUCCAACGGAUCUCCGUCUCCCCUUCCGGUCUGCAACUCAGAUGCCUGCCUAUGCUACUUCCAAGUCAUGUCAGAAACUGUAGAUACACCCCGACGCAUCUCCCAGGCCAACGCCCAUCGUCCGCCGCAGCAUCGCCGACGGGUCUGGCGCGCCUGCGAGUCCUGUCGGAAGAAGAAGGUGAAAUGCGAUGGAUCUGAUCCGUGUAAACCAUGUCUAAGCUACGGCAUUCAGUGCACGUACCCGGACGCGACGGUACAACGGGGGGAUGAGGGUGAAUCGAGUGAUAUGUUUGGGACUCGACUGCGAUCGCUGGAGGAGAUGGUAGCUAAGCUGGUCGAUGUCCAGAGCAAUCAGACACAGCAGCAGCAGCAGCAGCAGCAGCAGCAGCAGCAGCAGCAGCAGCGAGAAUCAUUUUCUUUCCCGACGAUACAGGACGAACAGCCGAGGCUCGAAGCCCGGCAUCCGCAUGUAGAAGUACCCCCUGGCGUGACGGAUACAGAGCCCUUGCAACUGGACGAGGUCUAUUCACCCGACCUGCAAGACCUUCUCCUCUCCAGCGCCAUCGAUCCCUCCUUCUGGCCUCGAGUUCCCCAGCCCGUCCAUAUACAAACUUAUGCCGACUGUUUUGGGCAGCUGGAAGUUGACAAAAAUGGUGACACACGAUAUGUCGGUCUCGGAGCCACCGUCUGCAUUGUCGAUAAUUGUGCCGGCCUGCGGAAGCGUAUCCAGACUGGACUUGCGAACAAGGGCUAUGAUCCGCAAGAGUCGGUGCUCGAUAGCUCUGCUACCUCUCCGGCUGUGAAUGCGUCUUCGCCCAUCGGGUGGUGGGCUGGUGAGCUACCUCCUGCUAGCCUGACAGACGCUCUGAUUGAGAGAUACUUUUCAAAUAUUCAUCGCCUCUUUCCCAUAGUCUGCGAGCAGGACUUCAGAGGUCACGCUCAGCAUUUGCUAGCCCAGAAAGGCGGCGGUGCCAGCGGUACAAGUCAAGAAGAGUCGCUAUGUCUGCUUUAUGCUGUGCUGGCCGUCGCAUCGCCACAGUUAUCCCCUACGGACCCGGUAUACACACUCCCCGACUGCUGGCGCUACCAGGGAAUUGAUCUCGGCACCCAUUUCUUCUCACUUGCGAUAUCCUCUAUCCGCUCGCUCCCAGCCUUCUUAACCGGGUCGCCGACAGGAGCUCUAGACAGCGACGCUACACAGAGACCCCCACACACAGGUGUCCUGAAUACCGUCAUGGCGCGCGCCCUUCUCAGCAUCCACCUCUCGCAGACUGGCAUGCCACGCGAGGCAUGGAAGAUGCUCAGCCACGCCGUGCGACUCGGCCAGGACAUGGGCCUGCACCGUUCACCCUGCAAGUUCCAUCUACCCAGCGAUCAGCAAACCGUGCGCCGCCGCGUCUGGUGGUGUCUCUACGUGAUGGACCGACUGCUCUCGAUGAACCUGGGCCGUCCCCUCGCCAUCGAAGAUGCCGACUGUGACGUCGAAAUCCCCUCGCCCACCGAGACGAACCCCAGCUUCAUCGCCAUGAUCUGGCUCUGCCGCAUCAUCGGCCGCGUCCUCCGCAUCAGCAACUCCGUCGGCAAUGCCGCGCGCUGGCGCGACCCAGCCAACCACGCCGAGCUGCGCGCAACGGUCGACCGCUUCACGGCGGAGCUGGAGGAGUGGGAGCACGAGCAUAUCGGCGCAGUCGCACCAGACAUGACGGAAGCUCAGCUCAUAGAGCGCAGCGUCCUGCAGUCGAGCUACUCCGCGACGGUCAUCCUCUUAUUCCGGCCGCUGAUGAGCAACCCGCACCGCCCGUCGCCGCUGGGUACGCACCGCGCGAUGAGGCGAUGUUUCGAGGCGUCGAUGGCUUGUAUCAGCUUGACAGAGGGCUAUGUCCGGGUCGCUCCCCUGUCGCAUUAUCUGGUACUGCACGGCCAGACGCUCUUCAUCUGCGUGAUCCUCUUGAUGCACUGCAUCCGGUUGACGGAGGAUGAGGAGACACUGCGCGAUGCGGUGGAGGGGUGUCAGCGGGGGAUUGCGUCUUUGACCGGUCUAGAGGGCGUGUGGUGCGCCGCUCGACAGUGUCGGGCUAUCGCGGAGGAGUAUCUAGAGUUUACACUGGACGUUCUCGAACGGGGGAACCGCGGCAGCUGCUCGUUUGAGCACGAGCAGGAUGCGCCGCGGGCAGCAUCCGUUCAUCCGGUAUUGGGAGCGUUGAAACGGACUAUCGAGCAAGGUGCUGGAGAUGGCGAUCGCAAGCGACGACGGGGGAAGACGGCUCCUGCGUCUCCAUCUGUGUCUUCCUCGCGGCCGUGCUCGUUCAUGGUGAGGACGCGGACACGGCGGUGA